AUGCCGCAUGAAAGGUGCUGCCCCCCGCAGGGGCAGCCCACGCGGGCAGCAAGCCCCGCACCGAGCCCCGCGCUGGCCUUGUGCCCCGAGUCUGCGGCGGAGUUUGGUCGGCGAGGCUCCCUCGCCUGGUGCUUUGGUGGCGCCUUGCGUGGCACCGCGCGCGGCGCCGCCUUCGUGUCCUGGGCACAGGCCUCCUUUGGGCAGGUCCAGUGUUUAGACACCAUGGAUCUCCUCGUGUCCGGCGGAUUUCUCGGGCUCCAACAAUUGAUUUGGCCGCUGCCGGUGCAGGAACCCUUAGUCUUGGGUGGCUGGAGCUUGGGAGCUCGACCUGCCAGGCACUUGGCUGAGGUCUUCGAGCGCGUGGGCGGUGCAGUUCGGAUUCUCUUCACCCUGGACGAGCGGGUGCCACAAAGCGCAGCCCUGUAG